CGGGAGGGGCAGGACGCGGGGACGCGAGCCGCGGGCGCCUUCUUGCCCAGACGGCGGCGGCAGCGGCCGCAGCGGGCGGUCCAGACUCUGUGCUCGCGGAGCCGGCGGCGCCCCAGUCCCGGACCCCCGCGAGCCAUGCCGCCGCCCGCGCCGCCCACGGAGCUGGUGCCGUCGGAGCGCGCGGUGGUGCUGCUGUCGUGCGCGCUGUCGGCGCUCGGCUCGGGCCUGCUGGUGGCCACGCACGCCCUGUGGCCCGACCUGCGCAGCCGGGCGCGGCGCCUGCUGCUCUUCCUGUCGCUGGCCGACCUGCUCUCGGCCGCCUCCUACUUCUACGGGGUGCUGCGGGACUUCGCGGGCCCCUCGUGGGACUGCGUGCUGCAGGGCGCGCUCUCCACCUUCGCCAACACCAGCUCCUUCUUCUGGACCGUGGCCAUCGCCCUCUACCUGUACCUGAGCAUCGUCCGCACCGCGCGCGGGCCCCGGAACGGCAGCCUGUUCUGGACCUUCCACGUCGUCAGCUGGGGGGUGCCGCUGGUGAUCACCGUGGCGGCCGUGGCGCUGAAGAAGAUCGGCUACGAUGCCUCCGACGUGUCCGUGGGCUGGUGCUGGAUCGACCUGGAGGCCGAGGACCGCGUCCUGUGGAUGCUGCUGACGGGGAAGCUGUGGGAGCUGCUGGCCUAUGUCAUGCUGCCCGUGCUCUACGUGCUCAUCCGGAAGCACAUCAGCAGGGCGCACGCGGCGCUCUCCGAGUACUGGCCCCUGCUCUCCGAGGCGCCCGGGCUGCAGCAGCGCGCCUCCGUGGCCGACAGGAAGCUGGUACUCAUCCCGCUCAUCUUCAUUUGCCUCCGGGUCUGGAGCACCGUGCGCUUCGUCCUGACCCUCUGCGGCUCCCCGGCCGUGCGGGCGCCUGUGCUGGUCAUUCUGCACGGCAUUGGGAACACGUUUCAGGGGGGCGCCAACUGCAUCAUGUUCGUCCUCUGCACCCAGGCUGUCCGGGCCCGGCUCCUCUCCCUCUGCUGCUGCCAGGCCCCUCCACCUGCCGAGGGUCCAGCUGGCCUUCCCAAGGCACCUGCGCCCUCCAAGAUGGGAGAAUCUCAGGAAUCCCGACGGACCCCAGUUGAACUUCCCAGCACCUGAGCGGCCCCCUUCCUCGUUCUGUACCUGGGUGCUGCCCUCUGGGGUCAGACUGUUCUGUGGGUCCCGUUACAGGGAGGGGGCGUGGGUGCCUGCUGCUCGGUCAGCCCUCUGCUGUUUCAGCUCUUGGCCCCCCAAUACGGGGGCAGCUGUGAACUCAGCUUCUUCUACCUCGUAGACCUCAUGUGGCACGUUGCACCCACACAUGGAUCCUGGUGCACUUGGGGGUUUCCCUCUACAUGAGGGUCGGUGACGAGAUUCAGGGAAUCCAGUGGUGCUCAGUCACUGCCUGGUGGCCUCACAGCCCAGCAGUCGUCCGUCUCAGUGAUCACAUAGCACUGCUUACGACUUGAGGGACCCACACCUGUGGACAGAGCGUGAAAAGAUACAUCCUCUGUACAGCCAUCCUGCAAGUGACUGAAUUCAGUGUCGAGGGGACCAGAGAUGUGUCCCCAACCGAGACGUCAUGAAGCAGGUCCCUGGAGGGCAGGGCACUGAGAGUCCCUGGGGAGGCCGGCUUUCUCGGAGAGCUUUGCUGGUCGGUCGGGGAGCCAGGUACCUAUCAUUAGGUUCCCCAAGGUUUCUCGGUGAUUAGCAUAAGCGCAGCCAAGCACAACUGCUUAGGAAAAGCAGGUUCCCAAGCCUCCCAAAUUCCCUCUGCAUUUUUGCCAACCCUUGAUGUCGAUGGUGUUUGAGUUUCAAGGACAGGCCAGAAUCCAGACGCCUGCCUCUGCCAGCUGGUUACUUAAAAUACUGGUUCCAGCUCCAACGCCAGGGCUAGACCCCGGGCAAGGGGUCAGGGAGAGACCCCUGAGGAUGCCCCGCUGUCUCUGCAGUUCUUUUCUUAGGAUACUCUUGUUCUUGCCCAGACCAAAAUGGGGUAAGUUUUGGCUUUUCACUUCCUAGUUCAGUUUUUUGUAGAACCGACAACCAGAGAGGUAGCAAAUGAUCCACAAACGGGUGCUUCCUGGACAGUGAAGAUUUUAAGACUCAGCUGUUUUCAGAGUUGGUUGGGGGUGGGGGGUAGGGUUGGUAGCACAGGCCGCUGGGUGAUUAUUUACAUUUAAAAAAGAUUUAGAAGAAGCUUCUACAUCUCUCUCUCUCUUCACUGUGUCUUCCUGCAACACGUUCCGCUUAUUUCAGAAAGCUGUUUCCUUGCCAACUGGCCCCAAGAACUAAAUCCCAGAAGCUGUUGGUUCUCAACGGGGCUGCUCCCAAAGCGUCCGCAGGGCAGUGGUGUUCUGGGAGGAUUAGGGAGGGAAAUUUAACUUCACCUAAUGGGUCUCCGUCCCUCAGAUUCCAUCCGGGCUCGGCAGAAUUGAAAUUAUUUUCUGAGCCCAGUCGAAUGUUCCUUAAACCACUAACACCCAAGCCAUACUGUGCUAUCGAUUCCUGUUUUACUCGCAAAGCAAAAUCCGAAUCAGGAAGAGAAUCUGAAAGCAAUCGGCGUCUAGAGGACCAAGUCCAAAAUGCUCAUUUUUGGUUUCCCUUAAAAACAGAUUUCUUUUUGAAAAUCAGCAGGAACAUCCCCUUAAAAGUCAAAAAAAAAAAAAAAAAAAGACCCAGGCUGCGUUACAGAAAGCUGCUGAUGGGGGGCAACUCCUUACACAAAUGGCCCACGUAAGGGCAGCCCUGGGUUCCUCUAGAGACAUCCUACACUUUACAGCAAAUCAUGGGCUCGUGGUCAGUAAAGACCCUUACCUUCGCUGCUGGAAUGGAGCAGAACUUCAGGAAUCUGCUUGCUGCCAAAGAAGAAAAUGAUCCACUGCUAAGUUAGGAAAAGCACCAGCCCCAGGGAACGAUGCUUUCAGAAACCUGCUCACAAGGGGCUCCGGGGGCCUUGGUGCUGGUGCCGCCCGGGCACAGGGGCUGCCAGCUGCACUGUGGCUUUCACAGGAUGGCCCCGAGGCCUGGGUUUGGCAUCUUUGCAGCCUGGCCAGCACCAUUCGAGGCCUGCAGAGGGAGUCGGGGCUCAGAGAAGCAUCUCCGGGUGCCCAGCUGUGCCCUCCAGCAUCAGUUACCUGGUUGAUGGCGCCGGCUGUGCCUCUGCUUGUAAACAUCUCCAAAAAGUUACACCAUGCGAGGGUCCCUUUAGCUUCCCUUGCUGCCCGCUGUUCCUGAGGAUGGGUGCACAUGAGCGUGACGGUGAGUGGGGUGGGCCCCAGGCCAGGUGUCAGAAUCCCUCACGUCCCAGCCUCUCUCUUGGGUCCAGGAACGAUGUGAGUGCAGCCAGCUGGGUUGAGCUCGGAGGAGGGGGCCUUCGCUGUGGGGGACCCGUGGGCUCCUCUCGCUUCUCUUCGUGUCAUUGGCGUUUACCUACCUCCCCCUGUUACCCACGUGCAGCCUGAGCCCCACAGGUGCUCCCCUCAGGUGCUCACUCAGGGUCCCUCUCCACGCACUUUCCGGGCCUUCCCCUUUAGGGUUCACCAGCCCCUUUCUCCCUGGUUGUGCUCUGGGGUUUUUGUAUUUGUUUUUGUUUUCUUAAUAAAUAUUAUUAUUUACCCCAUGUUGAGGGUGCAAACAGAGCUCUUCAUAUGUUCACCACAGGAAAGACCGUUUUUAUAGGUUUCUUGUCAUGGCGUAAUAACGUGGUGUGUUUCUUCCACGUGCAAAACUGGUAAGGAAAGCUGUGACCAUCUGGGUUGAAGCCUGAGCCUUGUUGUUUUAAGUUAAAUAAAUGAAUUAUUUUUC